AUGACGGUCCCGCUGACGGAAGAGGACCUCCAUGACCUCUACCUCUGGGUGGACGACAUCCCCAUCUCUCGCCCGAAGCGCAACAUCACGCGUGACUUCAGCGAUGGCUGUUGCGUGGCGGAGGUGGUGAAGUUCUUCUUCCCGAGGUUGGUUGACCUGCACAACUACACCCCGUCGAUGUCGAUGAGGCAGAAGCGGGACAACUGGGACACUCUGAACAGCCGCGUGUUCCGCAAGCUCCACUUUGAGGUGCCGCCGGAGGAGAUCAACGACAUCACGGCGGGCGUGCCGGGUGCGAUCGAGCGCUUUCUCCGCGCCCUUCGGACGAAGAUCGCGCAGAUCAAGGCCCGCCGCGAGAAAAUGGGUGCGCUGGAGGCGCGCCCGGGCGGCAGUGACGACGACGGCAAGGACGGCAGCGAUGCCCGGGGACGAGGCGUCGACUGGACGACGGCGGGGAGGCGGCGGGCAGUGUGCCCUCGGCGCCGCCCAGGCGGCGGUGUGGAGGCCGACCCCGCGCUCUACCGGUCGACAUCCGACGCGGGGGAGGCUCCCGCGACGCGCCUGGACGUCCACGGCAGCCGUGAUAGGAACUACAACGCCGGCGGCGACGCCGCCGCCACGAGCUUCCGCCUGCUACUAGAUGAAAAGGACCGCACCAUUUUUGAGCUUCGCGAGACCGUCAGUCUGCUGAGCGAGAAGGUGACGAAGCUGGAGGAGCUGGUCCGUGUGAAGGAUGCGAAGCUGAAUGCCUAUCGAGCCAAGCUCGGGCCCCUGUGA